AUUGUGAAGUGGUCAGACUGUUGUUUGCCGUUGGCUUGCAGACCUGGGGAGCCGUAUCAAUUAAUCGCCAAAGCAAGUGUAGACAACUUCAGCAAGUUGGGGGUGGCGUUCAUGGAAAACCGACUCGAGAUGGCUAAUGGACUCGUACCCCAAAAGAUUGUUUCUGUGCACCUGCAGGACUCCGCUCUGAAGGAGCUUAAGGACCAGGCGGCAAACGAGCCAGCCCGCACCCAGCCGCCCAGCCCCGAAGCUUCUGUCGAGGGCAAGCCUGAGCCAGACAUUAUGGAGUAUGUGGGCAAAGAUGACCCGAAGGUCCCUGGUGCAGAACCGAUGCAGGGAAAAAGCGGGGCCUCUGGGAGUGAGCCUGCCGGCGAGUGUGGCGACCUCUGCCACCUCCAUCUGUCCAGUUGCCAUGAGUGCUUGGAGCUUGAGAAGAUCACCAUUGAAUCUGUCAAGUUUGCAUCUGAAGAGAACAUUCCAGAUCUUCCCUACGAUCCCAGCGGCAGUUCGGAGGGUGUUGCCGACGCCACCUGCCCGGAGAGAGAAGGGAGGAGAAUCAACAUCAUGGGAAAGGCACCCAACAUCCUCGUCUAUGUGGGCUGUGACUCCCAGGAAACCCAGGACAGGUUCCAGCAGGUCCAGUCUGUCCUGGCUGACUGUGUGGACACCGACAGCUACACGCUCUACCCGCUGCUGGAGGAUAGUGCUCUCAGAGACCCGUGGUCCGACAACUGUGUGUUGUUGGUCGUUGCCACCAGGGAGUCCGUUCCCGAAGACCUGCAUCAAAAGUUCAUGGCCUAUCUUUCUCAGGGAGGGAAGGUGCUGGCCCUGUGUUCACCCUUCACGUUGGCUGGCUUCCAGGUGACAAGCAAGGAUCCCCUGCAGGAGACAGUCCAGAACUUGGUGUUCUCCAAGGCUGACCAGAGCCAGGUGCAGCUCAGUGUCCUGAGCAGUGGCUGCGUUUAUGAGGGCCCCAGUGAGCGGCUCAGCCUGGGCAAGCUCUGGGGCCACCUGGAGAAUGAGGACAAGGACAAGUUGAUUGUGCAAGUGCCUUUUGGAAUAUGUGGAGGAGAAGCUGUCCUUUGUCAGGCGUACUUGGAUCUACCUCCCAGCUCUUCGAUAGUGCAAACGCAAGAGGAUUUUAAUCUGCUGAAGUCCAGCAAUAUUACAAGAUAUGAAGUCCUUAAGGAGCUCCUGACCGCCCUCGGCCUAAGCUGUGACACUAAACAAGCUCCUGCCUUAACGCCUCUUCACUUGCUGUGGGCCACGGAGGAAAUCCGGGAUCCUCUUAUGCAGUGGCUGGGGGAACACAUGGGCCCUGAAGGAAUAAUAAAAUCCAGCAAGCUCUCCCUUAAGUUCGUUCCAUCCUACACGUCUGAAGUCGAAAUCACCCCAACUGCAAUACCUGUGGUGACUGACAUGGAUGUCUUCUCAUCAGAUAAUUUUGAUUUAGAGAUCUACCGACAAAAUUUGCAGACAAGGCAACUUGGAAAAAUAAUUCUGUUUGCUGAAGUGACAUCAACCACCAUGAAUCUUCUGGACGGGUUGAUGUUUGAGAUGCCGCAGGAAAUGGGUUUAAUAGCCAUCGCAGGCCGACAAACACAAGGCAAAGGGCGAGGAAGGAAUGUGUGGCUGAGCCCCACGGGAUGCGCUCUGUGUACCCUGCUGGUCUCCAUCCCACUGGGGUCCCCGCUGGGCCAGAGGAUCCCGUUCGUCCAGCAUCUGAUGUCCCUGGCUGUCGUGGAGGCAGUGAGGUCCGUUCCUGGCUACGAGGACAUCGACUUACGAGUGAAGUGGCCCAAUGACAUUUAUUACAGUCACCUCAUGAAGCUUGGUGGAGUUCUGGUUAACUCGACACUUAUGGGAGAAACAUUUUAUAUACUUAUUGGCUGUGGAUUUAAUGUGACUAACAGUAACCCUACCAUAUGCAUCAACGAUCUCAUCACAGAAUACAAUAAGGAGCACGGGGCAGAACUGAAGCCCUUAAGAGCUGAUUAUCUCAUCGCCAGAGCUGUCACCAGGCUGGAGAAACUGAUCGACACGUUUCAGGACAAAGGGCCCGAUGGUGUUCUUCCCCUGUAUUAUAAAUACUGGGUCCACAGUGCUCAGCAAGUCCGCCUGGGAAGCGCCGGCGGCCCGAAGGUGUGGAUCGUGGGCCUGGAUGAUUCCGGGUUCCUUCAGGUUCACCAGGAGGACGGCGAGGUGGUGACCGUGCACCCGGACGGCAACUCCUUCGACAUGCUGCGCAACCUCCUCGUCCCCAAGCAGCCCUAGUCCCCGCGCCGCGGCCCCAGAGGCUUCCCGUUCCGGUUCUGCGGCCUCUCCCCGCCCACGGAUCUGGAAAACCAGUUGGAGAGUUGUAGGCAACGUUGUUUUUCUCCCUGCCAUUGACCUGUUCCUUCUUUAAUUUUGUCCUGUCGGUCGCCUUUCCAUUUGGUGUUGGAAGGUGAUGUGGGCUGGAGGGUUGACAAGUGGAAGAUGCGGUUCCGGGGAAGCUCUACUGUAGCUGUGACAUUGUUCUCCCUCUUGGGCUUGGCUGUGUGUUUAUUGCCCUCUCCCCACCCCCCAAAAAUGUUGGGUUUUUUUGUGGCCAUAGCAAUGGAAUAAUUCAAGUAUUUUCCCAGUAGUGGAGACCUUUACCCCUAAACUACUAAAAAGAAAAUAGAAAAGAAAGCUUGGGGCCAGGCCCCGUGUUGAGUUAGAGGUAUGGUGACGCUGUUUAUAAGCUAAGCACCCAGGGAGGCCUUCUACAGGAACAUGCAUUGGCACAUAGCCGUCCUUUUAUUUUUGUGUUAAUGAAGAAAAGAGAAGAUGGACUUCUAAGAGUUGCUCUCAACCGGGUGGUUUGUGGUCCAGUAACAACGUCUAAUGGCUACAGAGAUGCGCCCAGCUGGUCCAGCUGCAAUGGUCUCGUGGAGGAAAUCAGUUAAUUACUUUGACAUAUAAGUUUAAGUUUACUGCAUAUUCGGAAGUGAUGGGAUCAAGUUCAAGGUGCUUGCCUUAAGGGUUGAUUAGGCAUUGCUCGGGUGUGGGGGGCACGAUUUGGCUGUAGCAGCUGGAGAUGAAGGCUCUUCUACCACAUGCAAGGUAGGCUCUGGAGCUUUCAAGCCCGUUUCAGGCACGCUUUGAAAUGUGGGAUGUUCCUGCAAGACUGUGGUGCACAGAAUACAGAAAUACAUGGCAUUUUAUUUGUAAGUCUUUGUUUGUUGCCCUCUUUUUCCAAUAUUGCCAAGAAAAAAAGUAUUAUUGAUACAGAAUACCAUUAUUUAAGAGGAAAGGGGUGUGAGAGACAGACAGAGAGAAAGAAGCUUUAAAAGACCUUCAAAAUCUGAUAAAAAGUCUCCAUCGAAGAACAAAAGAAAGGAAGCCUUUUGAUAUACAUUUGCUAUUUCCAGAUGCACUCCAUGCUUUUUCCAUGUAACUGCUAUCUCUGUUGAACUUGUGAAUCAUACACAUUACUUUGGAGCCUCAAAAGGCCAAUUUUUGCCCACUUUUCUCUCUUCCUGCCAGGCCCAACUGAAAUUAGUGGAAAGAAAACUUGAUGUAGCUCUCAGCUUUGAACAAAAUCUCUUUAUUGUACACUAGCACCGUCUUUAUCCAGUUCUUAGCCAGUCGGGCUAAUUCCAGAAACUUGUGGUUUCCAGUAUAAAAUCUGUCCACCUUUAGCCAGGCACAGGCAGCCCCAUAAGAAGGGGAAAAAACGACAUGUUUAGUUAAGUACACCAACCCAAUAUGUGUUUUUUGGAAAUGUAACUUUUUCAAAGAACUUCAAAAGUAAUUUUUGCAAAUAGGACUUCAAUUAGAAUUAUUUUUCUCCAAUAAUAAUAGUAAUAAUAACUCUCUCCUAAAUGCCCAAGUCUUCUUUUGGAGUUAGUGACAAGUUUAAAUGAAAGUCCACACCACCCCAAAAUUACAAAAUAGACUCACCCCUGGGAGGGCAUCUGCAAAACAUCAUCAAGAAGAAAGAUCUCAGGCGAAUGCUGCCAGUUUUAUUUUUCAAACUUUGUAAUAUAAGGCAAGUCAUCUCUCUGAGCUUCCAUCAUUUUUUGAAUUUCUUUGGGGGGUUAUUUAAUGAAAACCAUGCUAUGUUUUGUUUUAAGCUGAAGUCCUAUUCUAGACAGUUCUGCUUCGGGGGAAAAAAAUGUUAUCAUUUAAUUUCCUUUCUGUAAAUUAAAACGAAUGAGGUGUGGCCGUGUCAAAGCAGAUAGAGACGUUGACGAUGUGGCGCUCAGCCCCGGCUCACACGACUGUUCUUACUGGUGCCGACAUCCAGUUGUCUUAAGGGAGACAAAAUGGACUUGAAGCAGAUGCUGUGUUUUUCAUAAACCUGAUCUUGCCUCAGAUGAACCAAAGACUUUUGCAACUCUGCUUCGUGGAACAGCUGAAGUAAGGCAUUUUACUUACAGCUGUCAGCAUCAGGGAAACCCAUCCACUUGGACACUGCACUCACCAUUUGGGGUGCUGAUGCACCCGGCAAUCUUGAUCUCAAGGAGCUUUUAAAGUCUUAACAGAAACUGUGUGUUCUUCAUGAUCUUUGAAACACGGCCACUAAACUCAGGAUUGCUGUGUGCUUUAAGGACAUUGAAAGGUCCCCCGGUCCUCCGGUCUAGAGGCUGUGCAGUGAGCGUUACCAGGUUAUGUAAAGGGCAGGAGCUCUUCUCUUCUGGGCUGAGAGCAGGUUUCAGGGGAACGCUUGGGGAAGCGCCCACUAAAACAGGACACAGCAAUAGCUGGGCUUCCGGUGGCCCCACCAGAGCAGUGGUCCUUGGCGCUGGGCAGCCCUGGCUGCGUUCAUAGGGCGUGGGCGGAGUAGGAAGAAUGUAUGUCCAGGUUAAGACAGUCAUUGGAGCGCGCUGCUGCAGCACACUCGCUUUGCCAGACACGGGAACCAACGGCCGGACAUGAGGGCUAGGUGCACAGGCUCAGGUCGGGUAGCCCGCCCUGCCCCCGUACACACAUGGGGGGGUCACCCACCCCAGUCUGGGUACUGGGAGAGCAGCAGCCUCCCCCACGAGUUUCAGAAUGCAAAAGGGAGACAUGUUAGGCUUAUAUUCUGAAGAUGUGUUCCCUCUGAGCAGGCAGAAAAUAGAGAAUCCUUAUUCCUGGGUAAUUACUAUGCAUAUUGGAACUAAAAGAAAGUGGCAACCUUUGCAUUUUUAGCUUUUCAAAGAAUCACCUGUGAAAAGUAAUUAAGCCAAUGCCUAUAAAAAGCAAGUCUACCAAAAUAAACUUUAAGACUUUCUACACA